CUUUAUCAAAACAAAAAUUUACCCUUAAUGGAAUUAUACUCUACCACAGUGCACAAGUUUUAUUCUUAUAUCUCUAUAAUUCACGUUCAAAAUUCAGAAAGUGAAGAACAAAACUACGAAGGAUACCUUCACUACGGAUCAGAUCAGAGUAGAGUCGGAGAAGUACCAUCAGCCCCAACGGGUUGGUCUCUGACGAAAUCUCAGCACGAAUACAAGGGGCUCGUUUCGCAUUUGUUAGUUUACGCCGACUCUGGCGUAGACGAGAUGUUCGACUAUCGACCAAAGGGUGGGUGUACUGCUCAUCAGUCCGCUCCGUCCUCCUUUAUGGUUGUGAGACCUGGCCACUGAGAGUGGAAGACAUGAAAAGACUAGCUGUCUUUGAUCAUAGGUGCCUGCGUUCUAUUUCCCGUGUGAAAUGGCAUAAUAAGGUGAGCAACAUUGAAGUUAGGCGUCGAGUUCUAGGUAAACAGGGGAAAUCAAUCGACGAAGUCGUGAAGUUACAAAGACUGAGAUGGUUAGGACAUGUGUUACGUAUGCCAAGCCAUCGCCUCCCUCGACGAGCAAUGUUAGCGGAUAUAGGGUCAGACUGGAAAAAAGCUAGCGGUGGUCAAACAAAAACUUGGCACCAGUCAAUGAAAUCUACAACAGUUGGUCUAAGCCACGUAGGAAGGUGUAGACUUCCAGGUUGGGGUCCUCGGGACGGUAAAAAUCUAUGGUUGGAAACAAUUGGUGACAUGGCUCAAAAUCGUUCUCAGUGGCCAGCGCAGAUGCAUCCACUCCUUGUGACUUAUGAUCUCCAAUGAAAC